CCGGGCAUUCAUUGAACGAGGCGCGGUUCAGGAGCUCAGCUCAAGCAACACUCGACGACGGCAUUCCACGCCAACUACCAGAGAAAAUCUGCUGGUAACUCAACCUACCCUCGCAGUAUCACCGCAGCGGAAGAAACAGCAAUCGGGCACGAUUCGGAGCGUAAACCUCGAGUGUCUUCAGCAAUGAUAGCUCGGUGACGGCGGCGUCUCACUCAGCUUCCCGACUAGCAGCUUGGGGUGCUAGGUCCUGGGCCUCUGGUUUGGGUUUUGUCCCGGUGUCGACCUGGAUGGUCGCCAACAGCACCGGGACUUUGCUGCGUGGCUGGGGAGACUAGGCGAGCUAUCAUGUUCUCAAAUCAGGGGGCGCGCAAGUCGGUCGAUAGCCUGUCGCCGACUCUGUCGGCCGGGCAUCGCGGCGACUUCCCCUUCCAUGGAGCAGCGCCUUAUGGACCACCACGUUCCCAUCCGCGGAGAGGGUCAACGGCAAGCUCCAUCCACUCGAUUGGCGGUUCGCUCGAUGGCACGGCGAACUGGUCCAAUGCCGUCUUCGAGUCGGGCCAGAAUGCCAUCUCGACCCUCCUCCAACCACCAAUAGUGCGGACCGGCAUGCUUCCACAUACCGCCCCUCCGGCUUCGAGCGCCCACAAACCUCCAACCGCCCGGGACAUACCGCCCGUAGCCCUGACCAACAUCCCCCAAGUCGACUCAUCCGAGUUCAAGCCCUACCUGUCACAGGUCGGCGCCUUGUACGAACAGUUGCGCCGGAUACAGGCGGAUGAAGACCAAGGGUCGCGCCGAAGUGCCAAACCCGAUGACUUCCCCGACGCCCUGCACGAGGGCCACUUGCACCCGGGUAGGCGCCCGGGGUUAUCGUCACGAAAAACAUCAACCACCUCGCUCAGCUCCUUGUCGUCCAUAGAAACCGUUACGCCGCCUCAGCGGCGCUCGAGUUCGCGUCCAAGGAGAGGGCAGGCGCAUGGCGCCCCGCCACUGACCACCAUUCCCGCCGUCUACUUUGACGAGGACUUCCAUCUCGAGAAUCCGCGCAUUUUUGACGUGGUCAGCGAGCGCUCCGAGGUGGUGCGACCGGCCCCGAGCAGCGAUGAGAAGGGGGCCUCCAACGGUCAGUCUGCCGCACCCCGCAAGGCCCUGGCGACAAACGCCAUUCUCCAGGAGAAGCUGUCAUGGUACAUGGAUACUGUUGAGAUGCACCUCAUCCAGUCUAUUUCGACUGCGUCCACCACCUUCUUUACCGCCCUCGGCUCACUCCGGGAAUUGCAUUCUGAAGCUGCAGAUUCGGUGGAGCGGAUCAAGGCGCUGAGGCGGGAGUUGAAGGCAUUGGACGAAGAGGUCGCCACUGGCGGCCUGAACCUUGUUCGCCAGCGCCGGAAAAGGGAAAAUAUCAAGCAGCUUCAUGAUGCUGUCAUGCAGCUCAGGGAAAUUGUCGACGGGGUCGCCGUCUGCGAAUCCCUGGUGGAUGCCGGCCAAGUCGAUCAAGCGCUCGAUAAUAUUGACACCGUCGAGAAGCUCACGGCAGGCGAGCCGUCAGAUGCCAACCAGCUAGACAUACAACUCAGGGACCUCAGGGAGGCUACCGUCCUUCAGGGAGUGAGCAGCGACCUGGAUACCCUUCGACUCCGCAUCGGCAAGUCCUACGAAGCGAAAUUCCUUAACGUUCUCCUCACAGAUCUCCGAGGUCACAUUGCGCGGGUGUCGGCCCAGGAAGUUCUGAUUCGCUGGAGUAGUGCUUCGGCGCGCGUUCGCGGAGCCCACAGCCGCGAACCCUCGGCUUUUCCGUCGUAUAUGGUGGGAACAGACGUGAUCCGGACAGAACUCCUCUCCAGUCUGAGGGGCUUGCAACGCGCGAGAUAUGUUACCGCUGCGGCUAUCGCUUAUCGGGAAUCUGCACUCCGCGAGAUUCGGACUAUUAUCCGGCAGCAAAUGCCAAGCUCCGACGACGACGACAAUGAGUCACUCAUGUCCACGUCAACGAGGACGGGGGGUAGGAAUCGCUCUCAACAGGAGAGGUCAAUCACCCUGGCCCGUAACCUCCGCGCGCUUGAGCCCCAGGACGCCGAGGAGCUCUUAACAAAGAUGUACAUUGGUGUGACUGAGACGCUAAGGAGGUUGAGCACGCAAGUCAAGGUUCUGCUGGAUGUCGCAAGUUCUAUCGGCGAAUCUCCCGCAUCAGGAACACUUUCUCCGCUCAGGUCACCUCCUUUCAGCCCUACAUCAAGGCAAACAUCGGGUGCCGCUCAGGAGGCCCAGGAAGAAAUACACCGAGCAGUGGAUAUUGCCAACCUUUUGGGGCAGGCGGUAGACGUGGCACAAGAAAAGAUCGUCAGGGUAUUGCGCGUACGGUCAGAGCAGAGCAAGCGGCUGGGGCUGGUCUGGUUCCUCCGGUAUUUCACGCUUAACCUCCACUUUGCCAACGAAUGCGAGGCCAUCUCAGGGCGCAGCGGCACAACACUUAAGACUGUCGUUAACGGCCACAUCAAGGAGUUCAUUCAGGUCCACGGAGACGCCGAAAACCAGAAGCUCGCCCAGGGCAUGGAGUCGGAUCAGUGGAACGCGGCAGACUUUGGCGACAAGGACACUGAGCUACUCAACCGGCUCCUGGAAUGCAGCACCAGGGACACCGCCGCCUGGGCCGAGGGAACUCAGAUCUGGAUCCCGCACACCGACGCGGAGAAACCAAGCGAAGACGUCGACGUGCUCUCGGCCCAGACAAAUGGCACGAGCAAGACAAAGACGCGGAGUGCCGUUGUCGAGUCUGAGAGCUUUCUGCUUCCCAAGUCGGCCAUUUCAUGCAUGCAUGGCAUGGCCCGCUUCCUACAUCUCAUGUCUGCCAUACCGUCCAUGACGGGCGAGAUUGCGGCCUCGCUCAUUGCAUUCCUCCAACUUUUCAACUCGCGAUGCACCCAGCUCAUCCUCGGAGCUGGCGCAAUUUGCUCUGCUGGUCUCAAGAAUAUCACAACAAAGCAUCUGGCACUGGCAUCACAAGCUCUUGCCUUCAUAGCGGCCAUCAUCCCGCACGUCCGCGAGUUUGUCCGACGGCACUGCGGCUCAGGAACGACAGCGUCGACUGUUAUGGGCGAGUUCGACAAGGUCAGGCGGGCAUUCCAGGAACACCAGAACAACAUGUACGACAAGCUCGUGGAAAUCAUGAGCGGGCGGGCGCUGGCUGGCACUAAGAAAUUGAAGGCCGUGAGCUGGGACCAGGAGGCCAGCAACGCCACGAACGAGUACAUGGAGACGCUCGCCAAGGAGACGACGACUCUGCACCGCAAUCUGACAAAACACCUUCACGAGGGCACCGUGAGACUGAUUAUGCUCCCCGUGUUCAAGAACUACAAGGACACGUUUGGUGCCGCAUACCAAGGGGUGGAGCUCAAGACUGAGCAGGGUCGCGAGAGGAUGCUGCGCGACGUCGAGUACUUCCAGUCUCGCCUCGGCAAGAUUGACGGGUUCGAAGACGCGGGCGACCACCUCCUCAACAUCAUCAAGAGCAAAAAAAUCGUCACCCCUGAACCCGUUACAGCAACGGCUCCGCCAGCACCGGCACCCGCUGCGGACCCCGAGGAAGGGGAAGACGGGGGGAGGCCGGCGGAAGAGCAGCCAGUGGUGCAAGCACAGGCCGAAUCCGGCCUCGUGGAAAACAACGGGGAGCUCAGCGACGAAGGAAAGGCGUAACGGAGAUGUCUGGUUUAUGGGAAAGAUAACAUUAAUGGUGGGUUGUGUUUGGUAAUUUGCUAUACAUGUGAUGGCAUGUAUAGAUAGCGCUACGGUUUGUGUACAUAACAGAUAUUGCGUGGACUCAAAGCGAAAACAGGUAUUGGGAAGUCUUCAUCAGGUGUAGGUGGCCGAGGGAGUCUGCCAACCUACGCCGAGUCUGGUUUGAUUGAUGUGCCCGUCAAGGCGAACAUGACUUCCGUCCUGGAUAAUCACCAGCAUGGUUUUCCAACCCAACCUAGCGCCGUGCAACCAGGAUCUCGCAGGUCCCUGCUGUUGAAACUGAGGUUGCCUCCGUCACUACAAAGAUUGGAUUG